CAGAUUGGAUGGUCACAUAGACGUACCCGCCUAAUUCUAUCCAGGGUGUUGGUAUAUGAACCGAGGGUUUAACAUGGAAAGUGGCAUGGCUUUCAGAUUAGUUGUUAGCCAUUUCAUAUUCCUGCUGUUACAUCUACCGCAUCCUGCUAUCACAUUCAAUUUAGACACCAAAUCACCGAUUAUCUUUAGUGGCACUAAAAACACAUAUUUUGGAUAUUCCGUUGGAUUACAAGCGAAUUCGAACCGUGCUCGGUUGCUAGUUGGAGCCCCGUAUGAACCUUUUAUUCGGAGAGAAAAUAAUUUCUAUCAAUGCGAUAUCGAACAGCAUGUUUGUAACAUACUUUUCUCUUCAUAUGCAGGUGAUACCAGCAAAACUAAUCGGUGGCUUGGAGUGACGGUUGACACGAACCCCCGAAAGGAUAACAAUUUCAUUGUAUGUAGUCAUAGAAAUAUUACAAAGCAGACUGAUUUCUAUGGAGAGUAUGUUCAACAGAGCGGAUCUUGUUUUGAGAUAGUGGGGACGAAGAUUAUUGUAAUAACCAACCCUGGAAAAAAGGCAACUGCCGGAAUAUCUGCUCGUUAUUCCCAGGAUGCCAAUUCUAUUAUCAUUGGAACUCCAACGCACGGUUCACAAGCCCGUGGUGGUUACAUCUUCAAAAAUUCGCAACAGCCUGCCCAGCCAGUACAGGGCUUAACCGCACCUCUUAAUCACACAUAUGCAGGUUAUGCUGUUAAUAUGGUCGGCAGUAAAAUAAUUUUGGGAAUACCCAGGUAUCAGGACUAUGGAGCAAUCGAUAUAGGAGAUGAACUGAUUGAAGCUCCUCAGAUAAAAAAAACUAAAUGUGUUUUGAAGACUUCUAUAUCUACACCUUGCAGAUCCCUGAUGUUCUGUGGUAGCGUAUUAAAAAGUUGUGGUCCCUUGAAUCCCAAGCUGUUACAAUAUUGGGUUCGUAUCCUCGAUGGAGAAGAUGAGACCUUUGGUACUGUGCAGUCCCGUCCAGUUCGGGGAUUGUUGUAG